AUGCCAACAGAUGACCCAGACAAGGUCGUUCAUACAUUCAUCGCCACAUCUUCCAGAGCCCCUCCAUCAUCCUCUUGGCCCGCGAUUCCUCCAGCUAAACUGCUUGAUGACCGUAACCGCGACCCAGGCACACGCAACGAUGGCGACGGUGAUGCGAAGCUCUCGCGCCAGUUCCGCGGCCGAUUGCGGGAGAAAGAAGGUGUGGGCGUGGUUGAUUGCCCCCGAAUGCUGGGCCGAGAGGAGGAACUGCUCCAUUGCGCCGAUUGA